AUGGGGGUAAGUAGCCGAAAUUAUUAUUUGUUGAAUUAUUGUAUUUUUAGGACAAUACAAAAUUUGAUAAAUACAAAAAAUACAUUAAAAACAUUUAAGGGAGCCUCUUCUCACCUUCCUCCGGUAGAAGAAGAUUAUAAUAAAAAUGAUGCAGAUUACCAAAAACAUGAAUUUAAUUGUGAAAAUAGCAAUGACGAUAGUAACGGAAACGGUAUAUCCUCCCCUGAAGUUAUUAUAGAAGGUGGGGUCAUUGAAGUAAACAAUGAAGAAAAAGUAGGUGAGGAAGAAGAACAACAAGAAUCUGUAGACCUUUCUUGGCCAAAAACUUUUUAUAAAAGAUGUGUUUUUCUUUUUCUUGCACCAAUAAUGUUUCCAUUAGCUUAUACUCUUCCGGAUGUGAAAAGAGAGGAUCGGAAAAAAUAUGCUGCAUUUACUUUUGUUGGCUCUGUCAUUUGGAUAGCACUGUUUACUUAUUUAAUGGUUUGGUGGGCUUCUAUAGUGGGAUUGACUUUAGGUAUUCCAACAGAAGUUAUUGGAUUAACAGCUUUAGCUGCUGGAACAUCAAUUCCUGAUUUAAUUACUAGUGUAAUUGUAUCGAGAAAAGGUUUGGGUGAUAUGGCUGUCUCAAGCUCUAUUGGUUCAAAUCUUUUUGAUAUUUGUGUGGGUCUUCCUAUUCCUUGGUUGUUGCAUUUUUCACUGUCCGUUGCAAAGAAAGGGAUAAAAGGGACGGAUUUUAUUUCCGUUGGAUCAAACGGAUUGCUUUGUUCUAUUGGAAUUUUAUUUCUUAUGCUUAUCGUUUUGAUAGUUUCUGUGGCAAUAACACGUUGGAAAAUGAGUAAACUUUUUGGGGCAAUAAUGUUGCUUGCCUAUGUCUUUUUUUGUGUUUUUAGUGUUUUAAUGGAGAAAAGCUUAAUUAUUUGUCCAUUAAAUGGAAUUAUUACAAAACAAUGUAUUAAUAGAGGAUAA